CGCCCUGCUGAUGACAUGAGGGCUGGCCGCGCGGCGCCUGUCUCCCUGACAACGCGUCUCAUAACUCAGAAGCACUCAUCAGCAGUCGGCUCCUCCCCCCGCGUCCACCUGUCAGGGCCGCAGGUCCAUGCUUCCGGCGCGCAGCCUCUUUUACGACAGCGUGAUUUCCGGCAGCGCGGAGGGAUAUCGCGAGAGUUGCAGGUGAGGCGAGGUGAGAGGGAAGCGGAGGCUCCCGCAGCACACCUGUCCACAGGUAAACAACCGGAGCGAAGGACGAAGAGAAGAGGAGGAAUCAAGAUGAGUAAUCCCAUCCCGUCCAAUCUCAAGUCGGAGGCAAAGAAAGCCGCCAAGAUCCUGACGGACUUCACGGAAAUCUCCAGCAGGAACGGACCCGACAAGCUCAUCCCCCCUCAUGUGAUCGCGAAGGCCGAGGGUCUGGCCAUCAUCUCCGUCAUCAAGGCCGGAUUCAUGAUCACAGCCAGAGGAGGCAGCGGCAUCGUCAUCGCCAGGCUGGCUGACAGACGUUGGUCCGCACCUUCUGCCAUCGGCAUCGCAGGUCUGGGAGGAGGCUUCGAGAUCGGGGUGGAGGUGUCGGACCUGGUGAUCAUCCUGAACCAGCGCCGGGCCAUCGAGGCGUUCACUAAGGGCGGGAACCUGACGCUUGGCGGGAACUGCACCGUCGCCGUGGGACCUAUGGGCAGGAACGUGGAGGCAGAUGUGGUGCUGCGUAGCACUGCGGCCGUUUUCACUUACUGCCGGUCCAGAGGUUUGUUCGCUGGCAUCUCACUGGAGGGAUCGUACCUGCUCGAACGCAAAGAAACCAACCGCAAGUUUUACACCCGGGACAUCCGUGCAUCAGCCAUUUUGAACGGCGACGUGGAGCCGCCGUCAGAGUGCUACGCCCUUUACCACAUCCUAGACGCCUACGCUGAGGCCUACACCGCCGACUGGACCAGCAAGAACAAGCGUUCAGUGUCGACAUUCGCUCCAUCCAGACCUCCAGCUCCGCCUCAGCAGAGACAGGCAACCAGCUACCAGCAACCGGCAACCAGCCACCAGCAACCGGCAACCAGCUACCAGCAACCGGCAACCAGCUCAGGUGCUCGACCAGGAGCAGGAAGUAAAAACGCCCUCUAUCCAAGCGUCUCCGUCUAUAAGUCUGAAACCUCGGCUCAAUUUCCCUCCAGAAACUCUCAGAGUUCCGGUGGGGGUCCGUCAGGGGGCGGGGCCAGCGGGCAGCUGGUUGUCACGGCGACCCACCCGUUCACAGGGCAGCAGCCCGGCGACCUGAGCUUCGUCCCUGGCGACCGGAUCACCGUCAUCACCAAGACGGACUCGCACUACGACUGGUGGGAGGGGCAACUGAACGACGGGCGAGUCGGGAUCUUCCCGGCCAACUUCGUCACGUACUGACCCUCCCCGGUGGACGGUGGAGGUACUGCAGCACAUACAACACUACGGGAAGCAGGAGGGGUCAAGAGACAUUGCAGGUUUUGGGUUUGGCUUCAUUUUUGAGAUGCAACAAUUAGUUUAUUGGAAUAAUAUUAAUGUGGAACUAUUUUCAUAAUCAAUCAACUGUUACAGACAUUUUUUUCAAAACCACUAAUCACUUUUCUUCUCACGUUGUUGUGGACAAAACAAGAUUUGUGAGAUUUGAUCUCCAUAAACUUUUUAUCAAUCGCUUUAUUCAGAAAAUAUUCAGCAGAAAAUUUGAUAAUUAACUUCCCUUUCCUGUUCGUUCCCUUCAAAAUAAAGAUGAAAAACAAACAAUUUUUUUAAAUAUUUGCUACAAAAUAGAAUUGAAAGCGAUCUAAGUUUUUCACUGUGUUAAUAUGAAACAGUAUUUCAGGUGUUUAUUAACCUUAUGUUCUAUGUUUAUAGUUAAUAUAUGACGACAACAGGAUUAUUCUAUCACAUUAGCAUGAUUCAAAUAAUGGUGAGUUUUUGGGGAUUGUUUGUACAUAUCGGAGGCUGUAUGAUCAUAAAUAAAUUCACUUUAUAAAAA